CGCAAAGAGUGACACAUGUUUACAUAAACACGGAAGCUACAUACGUGCACGCCUAGAGAUCUGUACACCAGGCGGGAUUCCGGAGGGGGACGUCGGCGUAUGGAGACAGCCCGGGGUGCCGCACCAUAGUGUGUUUAGCGUGUACACCACACACAUGCGUGCUUAUAACGAGAGAGUGCUGGGAGUUUAAUGGACAUCUCGCGCUAGAGUCACAACGAUCAGUAAACAGCCGGGCGAGACGACCGCCGGGGGCGUCCUGUGACUUGCGGACCUCGCUGGGGCAGACACUACGGUUAUACCCCUGAGCUCCGGGGGCAAUAGAAAGAGAGACAGAGAGAGCAAAAUCCAGCGGAGAAUAAAGAGAGCGUGAAGAGGAACAAGAACUCCGGAGGGCUGACAGCUUGGAGAGACCGUCCCGCGAAGGUCCCUGGAGACUGAAUAAUGGCUGCAGAAACCUUAACUUUCGGCCCAGAGUGGCUCCGAGCACUAUCCAGCGGCGGUGGCGGCGGCGUGGCUUCCCCCCCUCCUUCCCCUGCCAUGCCAAAGUAUAAGCUUGCCGAGUAUCGCUACGGCAGAGAGGAGAUGUUAGCACUUUACAUAAAGGAGAACAAGGUUCCCGAGGAGAUGCAGGACAAGGAGUUUGCUGUGAUUUUAAACGAGGAGCCUCUGCAGCCCCUGGCGCUUCUUCCCCUCACCGAGGAGGAGCAGAGAAACUUCUCGCUGUCGGUGAACAGCGUCCCGGUCCUGCGAUUGAUGGGGAAGGGAACAGCUCCCCCUCCUGGUGGGGUGUCCAGAGGACGGGGCACAGCUCGGGGACGAGGUCGCGGCCGAGGAGACGCCGCCGUUUUCUCGAGAGCGCUCGAUGAUGGGGAGUCUGGAUUUGGCCGCGGAGGCCGUGAGAUUCACCGGAGCCAAAGCUGGGACGACAGGGCGGAAAGAAGAUUUGAGAAGCCGAUUCGUCGAGAAGCUGUUCGCGUUGGAUUUGAAGAAACGGCCGCCUCGGCUCGCAAGGAAUUCGCCCGGUCUGACAGCGACAACUGGCGCACGCUGAGGGACGGGCAGGAGCAGGAUGAAGAUGGCAACUGGAGGCUGUCCGUGACGCGGAGGGACGAGCGAUGGAGAUCCACAAGUCCUGGGGGUACCAGUGCAGAGGGGCCGCGCUCGGCCGGAUGGAGGGACCAUGGAGAACGCCGUCGCAAGUUUGAUUUUGACAUGGGACGGGAUGAGAGUGGAGCGGCCCCCCGGGGACGAGGUGGAGAUGGCAGCCACGAUGAUGAAAGGGACGGGCUCCCUGAGUGGUGCAUGGAGGAUGAAGAUGAUGAGAUGGGAACCUUCGACUCCUCAGGGGCUUUCCUCUCUAUUAAGAAAUGCCCCAAAGAAACCAUUCUGGAGGAACACGAGCUGGAGUUCCUGGGAGUGGAGGAGGAGGAGGAAGAAGACGGCCGAGCAGACGAGACGGCCGAUCGGCUUCACGAUAACGGCUCUGCUCUUCAUACAGAAGAGACCAACCACGAACCUGCCUCCGGCUCGCCUGAUGCUGCAAACCCUCUCUGGGCACCAGGGCUAUACACUGAGAUGGAGGGCGAGCGCGGCCCGGAGAUGCCCUCCGCGGACGGGGGAGACGGGGCGUUAGGAGAGCAGCUGCAGGCCUCUGUAGAGGAAGUCGAUCCCGGACGCUUUGUUCCUUCUCCCCUCUCCUCUCUCCCGCCGCCCUCCUCGUCCCCCCCAGUUGCUGCUACUGAAUUUUCUGUGGGGGAUCCAGAGGAGGACGAAGGCAUGAAGCAUCUCCAGCAGGAAGCGGAGAAGCUCGUGGCCUCCCUGCAGGAUUCCUCCCUGGAGGAGGACGGCUUCUCCUCCGCUCGCUCUCACAGCGCAGCCGCUCUUCCUCUCACCCACGAGGCCGCCAUGAAAUGGUUUUACAAGGAUCCUCAGGGGGAGAUUCAGGGCCCGUUCAGUACCCAGGAGAUGGCGGAGUGGUGCCAGGCCGGGUACUUUACGAUGUCCCUGCUGGUGAAGAGAGGCUGCGACGAGGGCUUCCAGCCUUUAGGAGAAGUCAUCAAGAUGUGGGGACGGGUCCCCUUCGCACCCGGCCCUUCCCCUCCCCCGCUGCUGGGAAAUAUCGACCAGCAGUGUCUGAAGAAACAGCAGGAAUUGGCUCUGUACCAGCAGCUGCAACAUCAGUACCUGCUCCAGAUACUUAACAGACCGCAGUAUUCCCAGAAGUCAGGAGAUCUGACCCCUCAGCAGCAGCAGCAACUCACCCUUUUUCUGCAGCAGCUUAACCCUUCAAAGUCAAGAGCUCCUGAUUCUGCUCUCCUCCCUGCAAUGAACAGAUCUCUGUCUGUGCCAGACACCGGAUCCAUGUGGGAUCUGCAUACCUCAGCCACGCAGGCAGCAGGUGGGGACUCCGCUUUGUGGGACCUGCCGGUGACAGCUGCAUCUCAGGGGCCAACGUUGGAACAGCUGCAACUGCAACAGAAGCUGCAGGAACGGAGAGAAGCAGAACUCAGGGCCAAGAGGGAAGAGGAGGAACGAAAGAGGAGAGAGGAGAAGAGACGUCAGGAGGAACUGAAACGACGAGACCAGGAGGAGGAAAUGUACCGGCGCAAGCAGACUCGCCAACAGCAGGAGCUGCUACUGAAGCUGAUCCAGCAGAGCGGGCAGCCGACCGGCGCGUCUCACCCGUGGAGCUCUCACGGGAAGGGGCUCUCUCUGAAAGCCAUGCUGGAAAUGCAGGAGAGAGAAGGACAACUUCUCAAGCAGAGAGGACAGUCACGCAGUGUGCAUGGGGGCUUGGGAAUGCCCGGGGGACCCGUCGCCUCGUCUCAGUGGUCUCCUGACUCGGUGUCCCUGUGGGGUGGCCUGGAGAAGAGUCCCUGGGAGGAUGGUUUGAAGAGCACAGGAAGCACAAGAGGACUAAGGAACAGCAGAAGCAGCCCGUCACUAAGCGACUUAUCCUUUUACUUCAGUGACGCGUACGCUGCGUCUGCUCGCCGCAAGAAGACGGAGGAGGAAGAGAAGCUUCUGAAACUUCUGCAGGGAAUUAAACCAUCGGACGGUUUCACUCAGUGGUGCGAACAAAUGCUACACAUCCUCAAUACAUCCAACAACCUGGACGUCCCCACGCUGGUGGCCUUCCUGAAGGAGCUGGAGUCUCCGUACGAUGUGCACGAUUAUAUCCGUUCCUGUCUGGGGGAAACGCUCGAAGCCAAAGAAUUUGCGAAACAGUUCCUAGAACGAAGAGCAAAGUACAAAGCCAGCCAGCGACAGCAGGAAGCCUCCUGGUUUGCUCCAUCCAUAUUCCCAGCAUCCCAGAAUUCCAAGCAGAGCGGAUUCGAUGCACAGAGCAGCAAAAUGAAGAGGAGGAUUCACAUGUUACAUUCGGAUCCCAGCAUUUUGGGUAUAUAGAGCAUCCUGUUCUAUUGGAUACUCCCUCCACGGCUCGUCGGGAGAAAUGGAAGCCAUUGAUGACUACUGAGGCGUACCUUUUCCAUAAACGCCAUCUUCACACGUCGCUCCAUUUGCGGCUUGAAUGCACUGCAAACGUUGCCCCUUCCCUCUGCGCGAGGUGGGGGCAAGAAUAGAGACUGGGAGAGUGGGGUAUGGGUUACCCCAGCCAGAGCCAAGGAGGAGGGGGCCAAGUUACCCCAAUUCCCCCAAACAUCCAUGCACUCUUUUUAAAGCACCUUAAAACAUGCACUUUACAGAAACUGAUCAAAAAUCUGAGUUAUUCCUUUUUUUUUUUUUUUUAUUGUCAUUUUGUUUUUUUCUUUUUGUUUUUUUUUUUUUUUACCCAAAAAUAAGGGGAAAAACUGGAUUUACCGACUUUGACUGUUGUUACUAGAUAUGUGUUUUGUGUUCUUUAGCAUUUUUCGGAUCUUUCAGCCUGUUUUAUUUUUUGGGUUUUUUUGUUUUAACUUUUUGACGGUUUCUGACUUUUUUUUUUUUUCUUUUUGUAUCAAAAAGUUUUCCGGCAACAGAUAAAGAUGUUUAAAGAAAAAUUUAUUUUGGAGGAAAAAAAAAAAAGCAGCCAAAAACACUUAUUUUUUUGUUAUUUUUGUCGCAAAAAAAAAAAUAUAUAUUUUGUUUAGAAAACUAUGGAAAAAAAAAUCGAAAAAAAAACAACCAAAACUUAAAAACAAAGUUAAAAAAAAAAUAGAAACUUUUUCUGUGCUUUUUUUUUUUUUUUUUUGCGAAAUGGAAGUGUUCUGCUUCGAAUUCCCCGUUAUGUAGGGGAGAGCGAGAGGUUAAUCCAACAAAACUUGAAAAAUGCACUUACUCAGCAAUUUUGGUGGGCAUGGGGGGGUUAGUUGGAACUCUACAUUUUUAAAGGUUAUUUUUGCACAGAUAAUUUUUGUUUUGUUAAGAAAAAAAAAAAAAGAAAA